AGUGUUAACCAGCAGUGUUGGUUUUUACAAUGCACUCCGUCGUGGUGUUUCUGGCUGUCGUGAUGGCUACAGCUGUCAAGGCAGCUGACCAUCUUGACGAUCCCAGCGAUCUAGCUUUAACGCUCGAAGAAGAGGAAUUUGAGAAUUUUCUCGAUGAAUAUCUGACGAUUGAAGAGCUAAGUUGGAUCAGCGAACCGGAGGACGACGAAGAAGAAACUGUUUGCAUAUUCAAAAUAAGAGGUGACCUCGGACAACCGCAACCAGUGUACGUGCACAACAAUAAACUGCUGGAGCCCGCUGGCAACACCGGGCAAGUCCGCGUCACCGCCGGGCAGGAGAUCAUCAUCGCUUGUCCUGGCCAAAACAACAAGAUCAGGCAUCCCAAAAUCAUCUCUGACGUUGCAUUCGCUAAAGCAACAUGCAUGAACGGAAACUUAAUCUCAGGUGUGGGCUGGUUGCGGGACGAGGGCGAAUUCGGCCGUCUCACGUGUGCCCGACACCCGGAAUCUCAAGCUGUACUCACUAACGAAGAAUGUUUUGACCACAAUGCCGUCAUCAAGGUUGGUUAUCAAGUCGCGAACUCUUUUUAUACUUCUUACCAUUCCUGCUUCAAUCGAGAAAAAAUGGAGGUUCUGUACGUGAAGUACCACCUGAAAGCCGAGAAUGCUCUCCACCAGACUCGCGUCAGGCGGCCCGAAUGGAUGGCUGGUGAUUUCUACCCUGGCGUUAAUCCAGACCAGCUCUACUCGAAAGCUCGUCAAAAAACGCAAAUUGCUGGAAUUGUCGGUAGUAACAUGGUCGGUCGGUACAUCACAAGGAGUCAGUACUUGGCACGCGGCCACUUGACCGCCAAGAGUGACCAUCCAUUUGCCUCGGCUCAGCGUGCAACCUUCUUUUUCAUUAACGUCGCUCCUCAAUGGCAACCAUUCAACGCUGGAAAUUGGAACAAACUUGAACAGAAACUUCGCGCUCGCAUCGCUGAAGCCGAUUACAACACUGUUGUGUACACCGGCACCUUUGGGGUAACAGAACUUCGCGACAGUCAUGGUGUACUACAGAAAAUUUACUUGCUUGGACCUACAGGGAACGGAAAGAUUCCAGUUCCCCUCUAUUUCUACAAGGUGGUGAUUGACGAACACCGUGGGCUCGGCACUGCGUUUGUCAGCAUCAACAACCCCUACUACACGGCUGCUGAGGUCCGCAGCCUGCAGUUCUGCACCGACUACUGCCGGAACAGCGAUCGUUUUGAAUGGAUUGGCUGGGACCCUGACCGCAUCGAUCUAGGCUAUAGCUUCUGCUGCACCAUCAAUGACUUCAAAAGACGCAUCCCUCACAUACCCCAUGUAAGCGUAAGGGGUCUGCUAAACUAAGAAGAUAUUUAAGGAAUGUAAUAUUACCCUGGCAUGACUUUUCCAGAAAAUCUAGACUGUACCUACUCCUACUCCUAUAAGUAUCAUUUAGCUUCCUUCUUUCCUUGUAGUAUAAAGAAAAAAAAAGAGGUACUCUUUCCAAAAAAAGUAUUUAUGUUAGGUUUAAGUACCCAUUUUCUGUUACCCGCAGUACAAGCAGUAUUAUGCUAAACUAAGAGUAACAAGCUUUGUUUAGUUUGGGACUAAAUGGAUGAUGAAUGAUUUAUUUAUUUAAAUAAGGGUCCGUCCAACAAAGGGGUCAAGCUUCAUCUACCACAUUGAAUGACUAAUCUAAAUAAAAUGUAUCCCAGAUUUACAAGUUUGAUAAUGUAACAUUACAACAACCAGACAACCCGUAUUAACUACCUACUAUUAUAACUUCUAACUAAUCUGUUUGGUUCGAUUUCACACGCUAAAACAAUUUUGAUGAAGUUUGGUAUAAAUAAGCAUGGGACAUUGAUGAAAGGCCAUUUUUAAAGAGCUAAAAGGAUGAUUACGGCUUUUGAUAAGAAAGCUAGUGAUUUUAAUAGCGUGAAAGCAAAAAAGAAAAUCGAAAUAAGAUCACAGUAUAAUAAUAAUAGUUUUCAUACAAAAAUGUCGCUAGACCCGUGCAUGUAAGUUAUCAUUUUUAAAUGCAAUCAAAAAUAUAAAUUUUUGUAUUGUUUGGUUAUCGUGUGGAAUUAAGGAUAAAAUGACACUAUCUUUAUCAAUGGAUUAAUCGUAGGUAACUUAAUAAAGUCUUAGGCUGAGUUGCACUAACUUACUUUAACUGUAACUAUAACAAUAACCGGUGAAUUUUGUAUGGAGUUUGACAGAUUUUUUAAGUUUGUUUAAGUUAAAGUAAAAUGGUGCAACUCAGUCUUAAACAAUUAGAUACCUACUUUUGAAUUGAAUGUGUGUUUCUGUACAACGUCCUCCUCUGUACAAAAACAAAUUAGUUUAAGAAAAAGACAAGUAGGCCUAGUUCAUUCACUGUUAAGAUAUUACCCAAUAGAAAAUAAAAGAAAUGGACAAAUACUCUUGAAAAAUAAAGAAUUUAUAAUUUCCCCUGUCUGCUCUUUAUCCUUUGUUGGAAAACUAACCUUAAUUGAAGAAUUGAAUGACGGAUUCGCUAAUAAAACAAUGAUCUUUUUCGGUUUCUUUUGUUUUAAUUUAACAUUUGAAAUAUUAUAAAAUAGGUGUAGGAAUGACAGAAUUUAUCAUUUUGUUACAUUGCUGAUUGUAUUAUUGAUUUACGUUUCAUUGUCACAACGUGAGCGUGACAAAAAAUAGUAGCAAAAAAAAACAUAAUCCUCUGUCUGGCGCAGUCGGGUAAUCAGGUAAUUACCCUAUAACAGUUAAAUUUUUUACCACAUGACGUUGUAGUAUUGUGUGACUUUCUUCGCCUGAAUUACGUAGAAAAUGUAAGAUACAAAAGUGCUCACUCAUUUCUCUUAAUUACACUGCCAUUUUGAUUGAAUUUAUUAUUAAG